AAUGAAAAUUUGGUUAUGUUCUAAGCAAUUAGAUUCCAAAACAACAAACGCUACCUUACAUUUCAUUUAACCAAACAAACGUGAGAAUUGGAAAUGUGACCAAACAAUCGUGAAAAUUGGAAUGACGAAGUAGAAAUAAGCAUCCGUGUAUCCUAGACAGCUCUGAUGCCAAUCGCUGCAAAUUUACUUCUAAAAAUAAUUUAUUUCUAUCACCCAAGUAAUCGCCGCAAGAAAUUUCCUCAAGGUCGUUGGCACCGACGUAAACUAUUCUUUGGAACGGUAAUAAAAGUUGAAUUGAUUUACUCUCCCAUCUCUACGACACAAGUGGAGGUCAAUUACUGUGCUGAACCUCUGCCCAUUUCGGCGCUUAGGUUGACACUCCUGAUGAAACCAUACAGACCAGCCUUUGCACUUAAAAACUUCUCUUCACUUGCACCCUCUAAACCUCCCAUCUCCGUCCAAAAUGUCGAAACUUUCAUCGACGCCCGAAGCAUCAAAACGGGUUUUGAUCCAAACACAUGCCGUUCCAACUUCAUGGUUGAGAACCUCCUCAGAAAGGGCUAUCUCUCGACAGCUCGUCAAGUGUUUGACCAAAUGCCUAGCAGGAACACUGUCUCUACAAACAUGAUGAUUUCGGGUUAUGUCAAAUCAGGAGAUCUUUUGAAAGCUAGACACAUGUUUGAUACCAUGCUUGAUCGAACUGCAGUUACAUGGACCAUCAUCGUUGGUGGGUACGUGCAGAAGAGUCAGUUCCAUGAAGCAUUUAAGCUUUUCGCUGAGAUGCGAAGACAUGAUACACAGCCUGAUCCUGUGACUUUUGCUACUCUUUUAUCAGGUUGCAAUGACGCUGAGGCUGACAACGAAUUGGUUCAAGUUCAUGGUCUUGUUCUUAAGUUGGGUUACCAUUCUAGUAUCAUAAUCUGCAAUUCUCUGGUUGAUUCUUAUUGCAAAACUGAUCACCUUGAUUUUGCUUCACGGGUUUUUGAGGACAUGCCUGAAAGAGAUUCUGUUUCCUUUAAUGCAUUGAUCAAUGGGUUCGCAAAAGAUGGUCUAACUGAGGACGCAAUAACCCUCUUCCUGCAGAUGCAAAAUUUAGGUUUCAAGCCUUCUGAUUUCACUUUUGCUGGAGUUUUAAGUGCUGCUAUUAGAUUAAAUGACUUGGCCUUUGGGCAACAAAUUCAUGGGUUUUUGGUGAAGACUGGAUUCGUUGGGAAUGUCUUUGUGGGGAAUGCAUUGCUUGAUUUCUACUCCAAGUACGAUUGUUUAGUGGAAGCCGGGAAGCUAUUUGAUGAGAUGCCAGACUUGGAUGGCAUUUCCUACAAUGUAAUCAUCACAUGCUAUGCGUGGUCUGGGCAACAUGAAGAAGCUAUUAGCCUUUUCCGUGAAUUGCAGUUUACAGGCUUUAAACGGAGGCAAUUCCCAUUUGCAACCAUGUUGAGUAUAGCAGCAAAUGUACUAGACCUGCAAAUGGGGCAGCAAAUCCAUACCCUGGCUAUUGUGACUACAGCUGAUUCAGAACUUGUGGUUGGGAAUUCUUUAGUUGACAUGUAUGCAAAAUGUGGCAGAUUUGAAGAAGCUGAAAAGAUAUUCAGGAGUCUGGCCAAGAGGAGCACAGUUCCAUGGACAGCCAUUAUCUCGGGUUAUGUUCAGAGAGGAUUCCAUGAGGAAGGCCUGAAUCUGUUCAAUGAGAUGCACAAAGCUGGUGUAAGAGCAGAUCAGGCCACAUUUGCUAGCAUCUUAAAAGCAUCUGCAAAUUUGGCUUCACUAUCACUGGGGAAACAAAUCCACUCAUUUGUAAUCAGAUCAGGUUAUAUGUCAAAUGUUUUUUCAGGAAGUGCACUUCUGGAUAUGUAUGCAAAAUGCGGUUCCAUAAAAGAUUCCAUUCAACUUUUUCAGGACAUGUCUGAAAGGAAUAUAGUCUCUUGGAAUGCCUUGAUCUCAGCCCAUGCUCAAAAUGGUGAUGCUAAAACCACCCUUGACUCAUUUGAAAAGAUGGUUCAGUCAGGUUUCCAGCCAGAUUCUGUCAGUUUCCUCAGUGUUUUAUCUGCUUGCAGUCACUGUGGACUUGUUCAAGAAGGGUUGAGGUAUUUCAGAACCAUGACCAGAAUACACAAUCUUGUUCCUAAAAAAGAACACUAUGCAUCUAUGGUUGAUAUGUUAUGCCGGAGUGGACAGUUUAACGAGGCAGAGAAGUUGAUGGAUGAAAUGCCAUUCGAUCCUGAUGAGAUUAUGUGGUCAUCAGUUCUAAAUUCUUGUAGGAUCCAUAAGAACCAAGAAUUGGCUAGGAAAGCAGCAGACCAGCUAUUCAGUAUGGAGGUGCUUAGAGAUGCUGCUGCUUAUGUCAGCAUGUCUAAUAUCUAUGCGGCCGCAGGCCAGUGGGACAAUGUUGGGAAGGUAAAGAAGGCAAUGAGGGAGCGUGGAAUUAGAAAGGUUCCUGCUUAUAGCUGGGUUGAAAUAAGACACAAGCUUCAUGUGUUCUCAGCAAAUGACAUGUUACAUCCUCAAAUGGAGGAAAUCUGGAAAAAGAUAGAGAUGUUGUCAAAACAGAUGGAGAAGGAAGGUUACAAGCCUGAUACAAGUUGUGCCCUUCAUGAUGUAGAUGAGAACAUCAAAAUUGAGUCUCUUAAGUACCAUAGUGAGCGGUUAGCAAUUGCAUUUGCGCUGAUAAGUACACCUGAAGGAUCACCAAUACUGGUAAUAAAGAACUUACGGGCAUGUACAGACUGCCAUGCUGCAAUCAAGAAACCAGAAGUGGAGAGACAGCCUGCGUGGUGCGCUCUGGCAUUGGCAAGUCGGGACUUUGAAUCUGUACAUGGAAGUGGGAAUAGAAUGUAAAAAGGACUAAAGUAAUUAACAGUCAUGGCAUUUUUGGCCUAAAGUUUCCACAACGUCGCAGCAAAAUUAUUGGGUUGCAGGAGCAGGAACCUCAAGGAGACUCUGGACUUCAGGUAUUGAUAGGCAAACUAGUUGAAUCAUUCACUGGUCUUGCCUGCCGCAUCUGAGGGAUUGAUAGACGAACUAGUUGAGUAAGUGAUAAGCAAACUAGCAAAGCAAUAGAUUAUGAGGCCGCGCAUGGUAGCAUAUCAAGCUGCUUUUUAGCAGUUCUUUGUUCAGUAUUUGCAGAACUCCGACCUCUUAACGGGGAUAUUGCAGUCAGAUUGAAGUCGAACAUGCAUGGUUUUGCUUUGCUCA